AUGACUGCUAGAUUCUACUCAAGGCGUCCUGGCUGGGCCAUCAAAUACCAUGGCCAACUCAACGUCUUUUCCGGCUUGUUGCUCGUGCCUCUCUUUAUCCUUGGCUACUUCGCAGUCGGGCCUGAACGAAGCUUGACGAACCCACAUCAUGGAAUUGGUGUCGCCAUAUUUACUCUAUUUCUGGUCCAGCUUAUGGGCGGUUGGAUCGUGCGAAGGGUGGCCAAGUCCAUCUCAUUGCGCAUCAUGAUUCACCAAUGGUUCGGUCGAGCGAUUGCCCUUUUGGGCAUUACUCAAGUUCCCCUGGGACUCACAUUGUACGGCUCACCACUCUACCUGUUCAUCCUCUACGCCGUCUGGAUGUUUUUCCUUUUUAUUUUGUACUUCAUCUUGAGUUGGCGGUCUGCUUCUCACCGAGACUACUAUAUGGGUGGAGCACGCUCAGAAAUGCGGUCUGAGCUGGCGCCAACAGAAGAUACACGCACUCGAUAUACAGAGUCUGAAUACUUCUCAGAGUACAAAUCGGAGCCUCCUAAGAGCAAAGCCAAAUGGCUAGGCCCGUUCGUCGCACUUGGUGGACUCGCAGCCUUGGCCAGAGGACGAAACAAGAAUAAGAACCAAGACAGUGGAAGUCGAGUCCGAAGUCGAUCCCCUUCCUUUGAUCGCAGCCAAAGACCAGAAGUUCUCCCCUCUAGGACCGGAUCAGCUAGCUACCUCACUGGGCACACCGGGGAAAAGUAUUCCGAUGUAACACGUAAGGACAAUGGCGGAGCUGGAGCCGGAGGUGGAAUCGCAAAGUUCUUGGCCGUCCUGGGACUCGGAAAACUGUUCUCCAAAAAGAAUCCCACACGCGACGAAGACUACUCAGAGUAUUCUGCAGUAUCGACUGAAACACCCAGACGCCAUCGCGCAACCGCGAGCGCUCCCACUAUGACUGACUUUACCAGGACUGAUUUCACCAGCGAUGUGACACCCAAUAAUAGAAGAGAGCCCGAUAUCACCCGUACUUCGUUACUCCCUCCCUCUGGAAAUCGCCCUCCACCUCCCGCAAUGUCGCAAAUGCGGAGCGCCGCUGAUGGAAGUUAUACCGAGACUGCUCUGAGCUCCCCUCCUCCAUCUGUAACCCCUCGAGGCAAACGAUACCCGCCAAAUUCAGGUCGCAGCUUCUUCGAAGAGUCAGACUAUUCUUCCUAUGUCAGUCCUUCUCGACGACCACCGCCUGAGAAAUCUGGUGGUGGUUUUGCGAAAGGACUGCUAGGUGGCCUUGGCUUCGGAUGGUUUGCGAAGAAGAUGGCGGACAGGAGGGCAGCAAAGGAAGAGCAACGCUUACGUGAUGAAGAGGACUUGAGAUCCGGUACCUCAUUGUCCAGGUUUGCCGGCGGCGACGGACACGACUCUCCCACGAGACGAGACAGCCGCCGGCCCAUCGAACGUCGACAAACAGGCUACCCUCCCACGGACACGCUUCUAUCAACCGAGAUGUCGGAAUCGACCAUUGAGCCCCGGCCUGCACGAGGUAACUACGUCCCACCUACUGAAAUGAGCACUUUACCCCCACAAUCAAAUCUCCCACCCGUGGCCGGCCGUGCAGGAAACCACUCGAGACGCAGUAGUGAGCAUGUCUCAAUGCCUGCGAUGCCACCUGAUCCCCACGGUAUCCUGGCACCCACUGAAACCACAGCCUCAGGAAUAUCCCCAGGAUCUCGGGCUCAGCGGUCCCGUCAAGGCCGGCCCGGUGACCGAGAUACAUCAAGACUUGCCCCAGGCGAGGAAGAUUCGCGUUAUGAACGCUAUGCAUCCCCAGCCAGUGUCAGUGUCAAGAUGAAGGUACAUGAUGAUAAAGACAGGAACGUGACCCUCCGACGACUUACAGAGGAGGAAGCAAAGGCAGCACGGGGCCGAAGAGACUCUGCCAGCAGCAUCUCUGGAAUCGAGUCUCCCUCGUACCGCCGACGUUACCGAAGAGACUCAAGCCAAAAGCGAGCUGAGACCGCUGCCGAGCGAAGAGCUGAAGAGGAGGAUGCCAUGCCGCCUCUGUCCCCCCCGAACCCUUCAUUUGCGAAGCAAAAACGACGAGGCAAAGACUCAGCGUAUUACUCUGGACAACCGACACAGGCACAAACACCGGCGUCGCUAUUGCCAGGCGGCACCUCGGCCCAGUUUGGCCAAACAGUGUCUAGUUUGGCUGAGAGCCAUGGCACUUGGAGUGGCAUCACUCCAUCUAUCAACACCUCGCCCCCUGGGCCUGCUGGAGAAGGGCCAGCUGAUGGAUCGGCCGCGGCAGAAAAUCGACGACAACGGCGUCGACUCGAAAGGAGACGUGCAAGCGGACCUACUGCGGAACCACCUGCCACUACCAAUGUCGACAUGUUUGACUAA